CUCAACAGUUCAGAAAUACAUUUUUUAUCCUCAGGGAAUCUAGAGAAUAAAUCCUCUGAAGUGGUAGUUUUUGGAGUAGUAUUUUAGUGGAUAUAUAUUUAAUAUUUGUGUACACAGAAUUCAUCAAAAUGCAGGAUAAAAGCAGCGCAGUUUCUUGUGUCACUGCCUCUCUAAAAGAACUGCAGAAGGUUUUGUAUGGAGGUAAGAGAUUUGGGAACCAUGUGGAUGAAGUUUGGCCAAACCUCUACAUUGGGGACAUGUCAGUUGCCAACGACCGCUACAGUCUGUGGAAGCUGGGAAUUACUCAUGUUGUGAAUGCAGCUCAUGGGAGGACGUACUGUCAGGGAAGUCAUGACUUUUAUGGAGCCACAGUGGAAUAUUAUGGAGUCCCUGCCGAUGACUCACCGAGUUUUGACCUUUCUCGCUAUUUCUUGCCAACUGCUGAGUAUAUUCACAACUCACUCAAUGCGAAUGGGGCUCGGGUGUUAGUGCACUGUGCAGUCGGAGUGAGCAGGUCUGCCUCGCUGGUGUUGGCUUACCUCAUGAUCUACCAUUCUUACACCCUGCUGGAAGCCAUCAAUAAGGUCAAAGAGUGCAGGUGGAUUUUCCCAAACAGGGGUUUCCUAAAGCAGCUGUGUGCUUUGGAUCUGAAACUACACAAUACUCCUGCUAAUGAGACUUAAGACAUCAGUUUUCUUCAGGAUAAGUGAUGCUGUGUGUAUCUGCCAGCAGAGGUAGACACAAAGCUGGCCAGGGGCAGAAACAAAUUAAGCUGCUGCAGGGUGCCUCCAGGCCAGCAGGGGUCCCCCAAGAGUUCCUCAAUUCUCAUGCAGAUGUUUGAUAUUUGUUAAUCAAGAGUGAGUGUUCUUUGUCAUUUGUCCUAAUGAUUUCAAAAUAGGCAAACUGGUAAUCUAUAUUAUUAUUUUCAUUUUAGAAAUGUAAUUCCUUUAAGAUUUACAUGCAUUUAAAAACUUACAAGUUGUCAUCACACAACAGACAAACUUCCUGAUGAGUUCAGUUAUUUUUGCAAUUAUACCCAUGCUGGAGUCACAGCAGUUGUAAAUGAAUCUAACAAGUAAUUACAGGUUGUAAUUUCUGGAACACAUGACUAAUUAAACUCGUUCCCUCUU